GGUCGUUCAAUAGAAGAAAAAGAAAUUCCCUCUACGUAACUGUGACUCUCCUCAUUGUGUCAGUAUUAAUUCUAACGGUGGGCCUAGCUGCUACAACAAGAACCCAAAAUGUGACUGUUGGAGGUUAUUACCCAGGGGUUAUUCUUGGUUUUGGGUCGUUUCUUGGAAUAAUUGGAUCAAACUUGAUAGAAAACAAAAGGCAAAUGCUGGUUGCAUCGAUCGUCUUCAUCAGCUUUGGCGUUAUCGCUGCGUUCUGCUGUGCCAUAGUAGAUGGUGUCUUUGCUGCCAGACACAUAGAUCUGAGGCCGCUGUACGCAGGGCGGUGUCAAUACUACUCCAAGAGUACCACCCCACCAGAGGUGAGAGUAGUCUGUCACCCACAGCGCCGUGCACCGUGCACGCCGAAAAUAAAAACCAACACCUGCUUCUGCUGUGACCUGUACAACUGUGGAAACAGAGUAGAGAUUUCUGGAGGUUACUAUGAAUACAUUGAUGUCAGCAGCUGCCAGGACAUCAUCCACCUUUACCACUUGCUUUGGUCGGCAACGAUUCUGAACAUAGUGGGGCUGUUCCUAGGGAUCAUUACAGCGGCCAUACUUGGAGGCUUUAAAGACAUGACUCCUUCCCUCCCUACGCUGAAUUGUACGGUUGAAAAUGCACACCCUUCAGUGUCCUACUACUCAAGGCCACAGGUGACAUCUUACAACACCUGCUACCACAGCACUCCUCACCUGCCUCCCUACUCUGCGUACGACUUUCAGCAUUCCAGCAUGUUUCCAGCCUCUACUCCUUCUGGCCUCUCGGAUGACCCCCAGUCAAUGUCGCCAUCUCCCAGCUAUAUGUGGUCCUCUAAUGCGCCACCUCGUUACUCGCCACCGUAUUUUCCACCUUUUGAAAAGCCACCACCUUAUACACCGUGAAGAACAUGCAAAAGAAAAAAAUAAGUUGCUAUUGAAAUAAUUGUGAACAUUUUGUAUUGAUAUUUUACUGUGGGAGGGAGCAGAAUAGAUAUAGAAGAUAAUUGCAAAUACAAAUAUUUGAUUGGACUGUUCUUUCUUGCGAGACUUAUUUCAGAGGUUAAACAGUGGAGCAUGAGGAAGGGGAUGUGCGGCUGAUGUUUUGCAGUGUCGGUGAGCAGCAGGUGACCUAAAUUCCAGCCUCCUUGUUUUACUGUGAGGUUCAUGUAGUCCUUGG